CUGUCCUGGCGACUUUUAGGACAGCCAAUAGCUACUUUCCUUACUGAGGAGUUGGCAACACUGUACCUUGGGCUCAUUUCAACCCGUGUCCACUGGAAUAGAGAGUUCCAUCAUAAUGGUGCGUACAGUAGCAGUGAUCGGGGCGGGUCCCUCGGGACUGACCAGCAUCAAGAGCUGUCUGGACGAGGGUCUGGAGCCCACCUGCUUUGAGAGCAGUGAAGACAUCGGAGGGCUGUGGAGGUUCAAGGAGCAUCCAGACCCAGGCAGGGCCAACAUCUACCAGUCUGUCAUCAUCAACAGCUCCAAGGAAAUGAUGUCAUACAGCGACUUCCCUCCUCCAGCUCACCUGCCCAACAACAUGCACCACUCCCAGCUGCUGAUCUACCUACGACUUUACGCUGAGAACUUUGACCUCUUCAAGCACAUCCUCUUCCAGACCACUGUGGUGAGUGUGCGACAGAGGCCAGACUUCCCAGUGUCGGGCCAGUGGGAGGUGGAGACAGAGAGGACAAAAGGUCAGAGGGAGACUCAGGUCUUUGAUGCUGUGAUGGUCUGCACCGGUCACUUUACACGACCACACCUGCCGCUCAAUGACUUCCCAGGUAUAGAGGAGUUUGAGGGCAGGUACUUACACAGUUGGGAAUAUCGCAGUGCCGAGGGGCUGCAGGGGAAGAGGGUGGUGGUGGUCGGGAUCGGGAAUUCUGGAGGUGACAUCGCUGUGGAUGCCAGCAGAGUAGCGGAGCAGGUGUACCUCAGCACGCGGAAGGGGGCAUGGGUGGUCAGCAGGGUGGGGGCAGGGGGCCUUCCAGGUGACCUGGUGGGCACUUCACGAUUGGACAGACUGCUGCAGAAGCUCUUCCCCUCCUGGAUUACCAGGAUGAUGGAGAAGAAUCUGAACCAGAGCUUCGACCACAGACUGUACGGCCUACAGCCAAAACACGGGUUCUUUGCCCAGAUCCCAGUGGUGAAUGAUGACCUGCCUGGUCGAAUCAUCUCUGGUCGUGUUCUGGUCAAACCUAACAUCAGGGAGAUCAGAGGCUCCAGUGUGGUGUUUGAGGACGGGAGCGUUGUGGACAAGGUGGAUGUUGUGGUGUUUGCCACCGGCUACAACUAUGACUUUCCCUUCCUGCCUUCGGGUCUGCUGGCUAAUAGCAGUCACCGCCUGUGUCUGUACCGUCAUGUGUUCCCCCUGGGGCUGGCCCGGCCCAGUCUGGCUGUAGUGGGCUUCAUCUGUAACAUGGGAGCCAUCAACCCUCUGGCUGAGAUGCAGGCCCGCUGGGCCACCCGGGUCUUUAAAGGGUUACUAACACUGCCCUCCGAAGAAGCCAUGCUGCAGGACAUAAAGAGAGACACCAGCACCUUGCAAAACAGGUUUGCCUGUUUGGAGCGGCACCCUCUCCAGGUGGACCAUAUCCCCUAUCUUGACUCCAUGGCAGAGGAGUUAGGGGUUCGACCCAACCUCCUAGGGUUGCUGCUGAGGGAGCCUGGUGUGGGGCUGCGUGUGCUGCUGGGGCCCUGCACCCCGUACCAGUACCGUCUGAGAGGGCCAGGACAGUGGGAUGGGGCCCGACAGGCUAUACUCACCCAGUGGGAGCGAGUAGCCCAGCCAUUCAGGACCAGGAUGGCUCCAGAACCAGAGAGCAGAACCAGAGCCUCCUGUAGUCUGAGACUGAUAUUGACCCUGUCUGGCGCUGUUCUCCUACUAACCCUCUAUACUAGACACAGUCUCUUAUCACUCCUCUCACACCCCACAGGCCUCCUCUAUAAGAUGUACAGUCUACCUGAGACCAUUUCGGGGUGGAAAUGAACAAUAUGGGCCUAUUGCAACCACUGUUGGCCACCAUUUUAUCUCCAGGUGAUUUUGUUGUUAAACCAUCAAUACAAAGUUCACCCGCACAGCUGAUCUCAAUUGCUUCCAAAAUUUGCCACUCCCUAAAAGCUACGUGUGAGGUUGGUGUUAACUUAGUCCUGCUUUCUCCCAAUAUUUUACAAGACAUGUUCGCACUCUACAGGGUAUUAUCUUUCUGUAGAAAUAAAAACCAGGUAAUCGAGCAGACUAAGGGGGGAUUUUAACUAUUUGAUAAUCAUUCAGUACAACUACAAUAAAGUAAUUUAUUGUUUAAGACACCAAUUAUACUGUGGCAAUAAAUCGUAUAGGUUAUAUGAAUGGAAAACUCAUGUUGGUGCACUCAUUACGUUUUCAUUUCCAAAUUAUGUAAUCCAUUAAUUACAACUUGUGUAAUUACGUAUGGCUAAAAUAUCCCUGAACUGUCCACAUCUAAAAUGUGUAACAAAAUCAAGACAAUCAUGAUUUAGUUAAUAUAAUCUAUGUUUGUAUUAAAUUAUAGUCUAAUCAAGGUAUUUCAGAUGACACAAAUUAUAUUCUAGUUAUAUUGAUAUGUUUAUAUGAUUAAUCGCAUUGUCUGAAGGCGUACAAAAUACACUGAAAACAUCAAAAAUACAUAAUCUAUAAAGCUAAAAACAACAAUACGAUGUCAAAACAAGUUGAAAUUGAGGUUAAAGAAAGUGUGCUUUAUCAAUUUACCUGAUUUUGCUAACCAUUACAUUGGACAAAAUCAAGACAUCAAUAUUCUUGUAAAGCUUUUUUGUAUUAAGAAAAUCUUAAAUUACAGCUUAAUUUGAGCAAAUUCCGAAUUUUCCAUUAAUCGUGAUUAAUCACAGGAAAUCCUGCGAUUAACUCAAUUAAAUUGUUUAAUAGUUUAGCUGCCCUAAAAUUCUUACAAUACGCAUUUUAAAUGAUUUACCAGCCUUCCGAUUUGUAAUGUUCCUUAUAGGUCGAUAUUUCAUUGGGGGCGGGAGUAGAUCGCCUAGAUGAAGAUGUCUGGUAUCAGACUUGUUUGACACGGUAACAACAUGAGAUCAACUGAUCUGCGGGUUUAUUCUUGUGGGUUUUUGGUUGAAAGCAAGUUUGUCUUAACACGCAGGUGCAUUGAAUCUCCCGUUAGUAGCAUCAAGUGCUAACAUACAGCUGCAUGUUAAGUUCUGCCUGUUGGUUGCAAUGGGCCCAUAAGAGCAGGGGGUAGGCUAAGUGUGUGAAAGACAACUACAGUAGACUAAUACCAUUGUGCUGUCUUAUUAGAGAAAAUGUACAAGAGAACGCAUUAAAGCAAGGCUAUCCAACCCUG